ACCCUGCAUCCGAUGAAGGCUUCACCAUCUGCUGGGUAACUCCUCCAAGAUAUAUUGUGACCACAACCACACUAUCGCAACCUUGGCCAGUGAUCCUUAACAAUGAAACUGACGACCCUGGCUAUCACAUUCCUUCUAGGCACAUCCACCACUGCUGCCGCCUGGGAGCUUCGCGCCAACGGUCAGAAAUGGACGGGCACCAACCCUCAGCGCUGCACCGCUGUCAACAUUCCCAAGGGCGCGAAAAUUAGCUGGUCGGGAUCAUCGGGCGCUCGGACACUGCAAGUGUACAACAUGAAAGGAAGUUGUUCGCGGGUAUAUCGAACCGUGCAAGGGGUGGGUGAUAUCAAUGCCUCGAACAACAUUUACGGAUUUGUGGUGAAGGCUUGAU